GAGCGAGCCCUAAAAAAAUUAAUAAAGACAUUAGUGCGUGUGGGCGUGUGGCUCAUUGGGGAAUAAAAACCAAGAACGAAAAAAGAGAUAGACGACUACGAACUACAGCUAAAAUGUGCGGACUGGAGCCGUAUAGCCAGCACCAGCUGGCGCCCCACCAUCAGAGGAGAUCCGCUCGCUGGCAGCAAAAGCUGGACCAGCACCACCAAUGCCAUCAGCAGCUGGAGCAACAGGCACCGGGAAAGGGAAGCCCCCACAGACAGACAGGCUCGGGGUCGUCGAGGACAGCCACCCAUGUGCAGAUUUGGUACAUUCUACAUGUGAUAUUAGUCCUAAUCGACAUUAGCAGCUCCCUGACAAUGACCGAGGUGAAGAUACCCAAUCACAUAAUGCGUCUGAAGAGCGCCACUCUGGGCUGUCGUUAUGCGCUGGACGGCGAGUCCCUGUACUCGGUGAAAUGGUAUAAGGAUGGACACGAGAUCUACCGCUAUGUGCCGCGAGAUAAGCCCCCCGGACAGGUGUUCCCCCUGCCCGGAGUCAACAUCGAUCUGCGUAACUCCUCGGACACACAGAUAAUCCUGCGACGCGUAACACUCCAAAGUUCUGGACUCUACCGCUGCGAGGUGUCCGGCGAGGCGCCCGCAUUCAACACCGUCUCCGAGUCCGAGACCAUGACCGUUGUGGUGACACCCAACCAUGGCCCAAAGAUAACUGGCGGACAGCCGCGAUACCAGAUUGGGGACACUGUCCGCGUCAACUGCACCUCGUCGCCGUCCAAGCCGGUGUGCCACCUGAGCUGGUUGAUCAAUGGGGAGCCGGUGCAGAAGGCCCAUUUGAGGCAGUACGACAAAAUAGUGGUCAAUCGGGAUGGACUGGAGAUGGCCCGCCUUGGCCUGGAGUUUCGAGUGCGACCCUUCCACUUUAAGCACGGAGAUAUGAAGCUGAAGUGCGUGGCCAAGAUCAGCUCGUUGUACUUGCAGAGCAACGAGGAGAGUGUGGAAAGCGAUCGCCAGCAGCGAGCACCGGCCCUGGAAUCCCGCGAAACGGUGGCAGCCAAAUCCAGCACUAUUGGUGCUGCCGGGUCAAGACUACCCUCCCAUCUCGUGUCGUUGCUGCCUCCAGUCCUGCUGCUUCUGCUGCUCCGGACCGGGCCCUGGUCGCGGGCGAGUUAACUAUCUUCGGCCUAAGCUGAGACUCUGGACAGAAAUCCGCGAAGAUAUACACACCUAUCAACUAGCAAAGCAGCUGAGUCCUAGUCAAUGUGGAAAAGCAAAACAUAUCCUAUGCCAAAAUCUCAAAGAAAACGAUAAAUAUGAAAAGAUAAACUAAAUCCUAGCCGCCGCGGCGGUUAAAUUCGAAAUUCAAUUGAUGUGCGUGUGUAUGUGUGUGUGUGUGAAUGGAAAUGGAAAUGCAAAGAAAAUUCGCAGAGCUAGAGCAAGAUAUAAUAUUGAAUGGAAUAUCGAAACGGAAGCGAAACGAAAGGAAAGGAAGGGAAAACUACUCAAAUCGAGCAUUUAAGCAGAGGCUAAGAAACUGUAUAUAAUUAUGCAUAAUUUAAGGCAAUUAUCGUUGUAAGGAAAAUCGUUGUUUAGGCAAAACUUGAGACAAGAUAAGAAGAAAUACAUUCGUUAAUCUUUUGUGAUAUUUUCUUGAUUUUUAAACGAAGGGAAAUAAAAUAUUAUAUAGACAACUUUUUAAUUUGAUUAUUUUUCCAUUCCAUUCCUCUCCUUCCUUUGUAUUUUAUCAACCUUUUUCGGGCAUAUCAAAAGCGACUAACAUUUCAAUUGUAAAAAAUAUGCAUCGUUUGCACAUCGAUCUACCUAUGAAAUCACAUCUAAAACUUACCCAAAAGAAACUUUGCAUUUACUUAUAAGAGCAACUAGCCUAAGUCCCUAAGCAAAUGUAAGAAAACUGUAAAGCAAAAAAUCGAAACUAAUUUUAAUUAAAUAAAAUAUCAAAAUACAUCAAAUGAAUCCAAAUAUACAAUUUGCAUUCCGUAAAUUCUUUAAAGAAAAGCAAAAUAUACAUAUAGUUAAAUUUGAUCAGAAAGCUGUAAAUAGACAGAGCCGUGAAAGUGGAAGCCAUGGAUUGUUGAAAACUUUCGAAUUUGGCAAAUGUUUCGAUGAAUAAAUAGAUCUGAAUGUACUACGAAUAAUGGAUGUAUCCCUGAGUGUAAUUGGAUCAAUCAGUGCCAGGCUGCCAGAUCCCAUUUGAAUGGAAUGGCCUUUUAAAAUUAAACUUUGCCCAAAGCAAUGAGACUAAUCACUGCCGAAUAACAAAGAAAGCUGGGAAGACUCCCCUGUAGCCUUUGGCCUUGCAAUUGAAAUGGGCAAUAGUCUUUCCCCUUGAAACAAUUUUUAAAUCUUCCAUAUUCCAGUAAAAUGUUUUAUUGAAUAUUGAAACAAAAGUAGACAAUGGUUUUUCUGUACGAAAAAGUCUUUUGGAGCAUGAGCCUCUUUAGAUUCUAAAGAUUAGAUUAGCUGAAUAUUCACUUAGAAUAAAUAUGUAAAAAAAAAAUUGAAUUUCAAAAGGAUUGUACCCAAAUCUCUUGGGGUAUGUUUGGCAAUCUAACAGGUGCAAUUGUUUUAUAUAUUCUACUGUUUGGAAAGUAUAAGUCUCCAUUGACAAGAUCUUUAAGAGCUUUCAGCUCUACAAUUUGUCUUCUAAGUAAGGUUGAAAAAGUAAUACCAAGCAUCCAAUAUUUUGUUCUAUUAAAAAAAGUUCAACGACUUCUGUAAUUUUUUUUUUUUUUUUUCUUUUACACGUUGAGUCACUUCUCUGAAAAUGUUGGCAUAAAUUUAUCCCUUGAGAAAUUAGCCACAUGCAUGAUACUAAUCCUUUGGCUUAUGCUAAUUUAUCUUGAGCUGAGUCAGAGGCCCCUGGGGUCGGUCCUCUCGAGCAGUUGAUGCCCAAAAAGUGGUGAAAAUUGACACAGACAUGCAUGAGGCGAAAAUGCGCAACAAACCGCAUUAAAUGCAUUCAAGUCCAAACAAACUAAACAGCCAACAAACAAAAGGCAGAAAGCAGUUCGUGACUCAUGCGAGAGAGGAGGGUGUACUGGGGCACGGGCAGGGGAAAGUGCUGGUGAGGGGAUUGCAUGUUUUGGGCCUGGCGUGUGAGAAAUGCAAUCCAUUCGCCUGGCGCGGCUCAUUUGCAUACAAAGCCAUUUCGUUGGUUCGAUUGUGGGCCAAAAGGAACAAAUGGCCAACAGCACGAGUAUCUCGGGCAUUUCUUUGAUAGCCAACUGGGCCACUGGCAGCUUGGCAUUGAUUGACCGGGUAGGGGCAGUACUCCUUCCUAUAAAUUAGCCAAAAUGAAUGUUUACUGUAUUGUACAUAGUCGGGGAGGAGUUUGAACUCAAAUGUCAUUAAAUCUUAAGCAGAAAGAAGCCCUGAACAGCCCUGUAAGCAUAUUCUCCAUUCAAAUCUAAGAAAAUCUUGUGCGUGUUGUAAAUUAAAAACAAAAUGGGACAACUUCAAAUGAAUAAACCCAAAGAAAAAAACCAAAACCAAACCCAAAUUGAAUUCAAACAAGAGAAAAGUGAGAAACAAAAUGGAACUCUCUUGUUGGAUUGGUUUAUAGCUAAGCAAAAUAUCGUAAACUUAACCUUCCAUCAUUCUCCAUUAUCUUUCACCAUUGAAUUUGGUUCACAUUUAUUUUCCCAUUUUUUUGUGAUUAAGAAUGAAUCAAAUGUUCAAUACGGAAAUUUAGUUUGUAAAACUGAAAAUGAAAAUGAUAAAUAAAAUAAGU